AUGCUGGCCAACCUUUUAAGGCGAUUGAGAGGGGACCCGGUGGGGGUCCCGGGCGUCAUUUACAGCGACCAGAUCGAAAUUGACAUGGAACUGGAGCAGCAUCGCUCGGUGCACUGGCUUGGGGAGUUGCGCAACGUCCGGAUGGAGACGGUCCCGCACCAACUUGUCGAGGCCGACGCCGCUCAGCAGCAUACCAUCCCCGGCCCUGAGGACCAACCCUACACCUUUUGGGAACGCCUUGGGCUGGUGCCGGUUCACCCUUCACGGGUUCGCGCUCGCCAGCACUACCACCCUAUAACGGAUUUUGCUCUGUAUGACUACGACGAGAUUUCGCCAGAGGAGAAGGAGCUGACGGCACGGUGGAUAGUCCGGGUGAUGACCUUCAACACCGCGGUCCCAGCUGGCAUCCUCGCCGCCGCGGGCUGCCUUUUUCUGCCCUUCCACACGGUUUACCGGAUGCCCCUUCUCGUGGCCUCCGCCGUCACCGGUGUGGGGGUUGAGAUAACCCGAUCCUAUAUGUCCGCCUUGAAGGAAAGGCAGGAUCUAGAUGACUUUAUUCUGGCAAAGGAGAUUUGGUAUAUAAAAAAUGUCGAGACCUACCAUCUCGGGAUUCCUCGCAUACCACGUGGGCGAGAGGAUGAAUAUCAGUCAUACCUUGAUUCAAGUAAAUUAUCCCAAACAAGGGAACUACCACAGGAGUUGUUAGACAGUUUGCAUUUUUAG